AUGCAGAGUAACAACAACAGAGAAUAUACUGUAGGAUGGAUCUGUGCCCUCCCGAUCGAGCUCGUCGCGGCAGAGGCAAUGCUGGAUGAGAGAUACGAAGACUACAGAAGUGGCCAGUACACGCUCGGCCGCAUUGGUCCUCAUUACGUCGUCAUGGCAUGUCUUCCGGCAGGCUUGAUAGGCACCAAUGCUGCCGCCACCGUUGCAACCAAGAUGGUUUGCAACUUCCCGUCAAUUCGAUUCGGCCUAAUGGUAGGCAUCGGCGGCGGUGUUCCAAGCGAAGACUUUGAUAUUCGACUUGGAGAUGUCGUGGUCAGUCUACCAGAUAAAGGAUAUGGUGGAGUUGUCCAGUAUGACUUCGGAAAGACACGUCCGGGGGAGUUCGAGAUGACCGGGUUUCUCAACGCACCGCCCACUGCCCUGCUGGAAGCUGUUUCGGCGCUUCGAGCAAAGCAUCUCUCUGGGAAGAGCAAGCUACCGGAAAACAUUCAUGCGGCCACCCAUCAACUCCAGUUCGCUCUUGAGACGACGAGAACUGAUAUGCUCUUUGAACCAGACUAUGACCACAUAGAAGGCUCAACAUGUGAAAGAUGCAGCAAGGAACGGUUGAUCACGAGGAGACCACGGCAUCAAGAUGUUGCAAUUCAUUAUGGUACAAUUGCCUCUGGAAAUCAGGUCAUGAGAGACGGCAGCACCAGAGACAGCCUUAGCUCAAAGCUCGGGGGCGUCCUUUGCUUCGAAAUGGAAGCCGCAGGCCUCAUGAACAGUUUUCCCUGCCUCGUCAUCCGCGGUAUCUGCGACUAUGCAGAUUCACACAAGAACAAGGCAUGGCAGCCUUAUGCAGCGAUGACUGCCGCGGCAUAUGCCAAAGAGGUUUUAACAGUCAUACCUGGGACCGAAGUAACAAAGACAGAAGUUGUCGACGAAGCGACAAAAGCUGUACGAUGA